UGAAAAAUAAUUUUUGGUUGCCAGUAUACCUGUAGUCGUUGCACUGAUCAGUCGAUAGUUUUGUGAUAAAUUAUUUCUCAAGUGAAUUAAAUUAUUAACCAUGGGACGUGAUUCUAGAAAGGUUUCAAGAGAACUUCGGAGUUCUGAAAAAAUUAAUAAGUCGCGUUCAGUCAAAAGAAAGAAUGUUUUUAAUCCGAAAACAGCCGAACGUGAUGAAAGUAUUCAGAGUACAUCUUCUAAAAAAUUAAAACAAAACACUGAAGAUGAUGUACCUGAAGACAGCAGUACUGAAUUUCGAAUAAUAAAUUUUAUUCAGGUAUUCACUGCAAUUUCUGCUCUUAUAAAAUGUAAAAAAUGUGAUGGAAAUGUAGUGUUUCAAACAGCAAGUACACGUGGGCUGGGAUUCAAAAUUGUAGUUGCAUGUAAUAACUGUGGAAAUGAAUAUAUUCCUUCCUGUUCUUUCGUUGGGCAUUCUUAUGAAAUAAACAGACGUUUCAUUUUUGUAAUGAGAAUACUAGGAAUAGGAUACGAAGGAUUGUGCAAGUUUUGCGGCCUGAUGGACAUGCCGUCUUUUUUAGAUAAAUCUACGCAUACAAUUUUACUGAAACAGAUUUUGAAUUGUAGUAAAGCCGUCGCAGAAACCUUCAUGACGAAAGCUGUGAAUGAAGAAAAGCAAGCAAUGCCAACAACUGAAAAUGAAGAUAUAAAUCAUCUAACUGUAUCGGGAGAUGGAACCUGGCAAAAACGGGGAUAUACAUCGUCAUUUGGAGUUUCUUCUAUAAUUGGCUAUUUUACUGGAAAGAUUCUUGACAUAAACAUUAAAAGUGCAUAUUGUAAGCUAUGUGAGUAUUGGAAAAAAAAAACAAAUACUGUUGAGUUCGAGGAAUGGUAUCAAUCGCAUGAAGAUGUGUGUUCUGCUAAUCAUCAAGGGUCUUCUGGGAAAAUGGAGGUGGAUGCGAUGGUCGAAAUGUUUUCGUAUUCUGAAACUAAAUAUGGAGUUAAGUAUGCCAACUAUAUUGGUGAUGGUGACUCCAAGACCUAUUCAGGAAUUAUAAAAUCAGAUCCUUACGAAAAUACAACUGUAAAUAAAAAGGAAUGUAUAGGGCAUGUCCAAAAGCGGAUGGGGAGUCGAUUACGUACGCUGAAGAGUAAACAAAAAGGUCUUGGUGGUCGAGGUAAGCUCACAGGAAAAUUAAUAGACAAACUAACUGUGUACUAUGGUUUAGCAAUACGCCGGCAUUGUGAUUCUAUUGAAAAUAUGAAAUCUGCUAUAAUGGCAACCUUUUAUCACUACGGCUCGAGUGAUGAAAAACCGAAUCAUGAUAUGUGUCCAAAAGGCGAAGAAUCUUGGUGCUCUUACCAGCGCGCUGAAGCAAGAGGAGAGCUUGAUACCUUUUCUCACGAUUAUUCUCCUUUACCUUCUGAUGUUUUAAAAGCUAUCAAGCCUAUAUACGAAGAUCUUAGUAAUGAAAAUUUACUUUCAAGAUGUGUAGGUGGAUUCAAUCAGAAUAAUAAUGAAAGCUUUAACCAACUAGUAUGGAAAAUAUGUCCAAAAACGGUAAAUACUAGUUUUACUAUCGUACAAAUAGCUGCAUACGUUGCUAUGUGUAUAUUUAAUGAGGGUAUAAAUUCAUUAUUAGUCUUGAUGAAUACACUAGGACUUAAUUGUGGGCCUAAUUCUCAUCGGUAUGCAGAAAGAAUGGAUGCUGCACGUAUCAAAGUAGCAGAUAAGCGCGCUAAUGAUAACACCCGAGAAGGUCGAUUGCAACGUAGGCACCAGCAAAUCGAUAUUUUGGAAGCUGCUAUGUCGGCUGAAGAGCUAUUAUAUGGUCCAGGAAUAGAUGACUCAGUAUGAAUCUCCAAGGACUUAUGAUGAUCACCGCAAAGGACUUCGGGAGGAACGGGCUCUACAAAAACAGCGAUAACUUUUUGAAUUAUUAAUUUUUUUUUUUGAAAUUUUCGUGAAGUCAAAUCGAAACGUGUUCUAAUAAAGCUAUGUUUUUAUUUUUGUCAAAUAAAGUAAUUAACUACAAAAAAAAAAUUAUUGAAAAUCAUCAUUUUUUCAUACCCCUGAG